CAAUAAAGAUGCGAUAUUAGUUGCAUUAAAUUAUUACGAACGAACGCGAUUUUAUACGGCUAUACAUGAUUUAUCGCGUCCUUUCUUCACAAGUGUUACAUUGUUGUAACAAGGAAGGCGUCACCUGCACACACUGUUGUGGAAAUAAUUCCACAUAAACCUGAAAGGGAAGAUAUGGCCACCCCAAGUUCAUCAUCAGGGAAUGAGGGACUCGGCAAAGACUUUAGUGAGGAAACUGUAACAUCAGAACCUACGUCAUCUAAACGAAGAAAAAUAGAAGCGUUACAAGAACUGUGUCAAGAUACUGAGUUAGAUCAGGAUGUAAACAGCAUAGCCUGCAGGCAAAAUGUCGAUGAAGGUACUCCUUUAGAAGACGAUGAAGUGCGAUGGCUUAUUGUUGGAGUAUGUUUACACAAAAUUAUCUCCCCUACUUUGAGAAAGUAUGUUCCUCAAACUAUGCAGAGACUAUAUGCAAACUUGAAGCUUUCAGACAGCAUUGACACGCAGACCUUUGCACAUUACCUCCGGAGAUACACUCCAACAAAUAAAGAAUUAAACUAUGAAGCUAUCAACAACAAUUCUACCGUUCCGAAGAUACGAGGUAGGCGAGACAUACAGAACUAUGAUUACAGAGUACAUGAUGAGGUGGAGCUCUCUAAGCUUUUCUUGCAGACCCACAUGGCACAGUACACGGGUUUUGAUGACACAUGCGAUUCCUCAGCCCUUCUCGGCAUUAUCAUAAAUGUUGACACAUUUCCUGCCGCUUUACGUUCUGCGGCCAAAGCGGUUCGUAACGAUAUUCGCAAUGAAUGGGCCCACUGCAACUUUUCGCAGUGGGAUAUGAACAAGUUUCAAACCUCGUUCGUUCUAAUGAAACACAUGAUUGGAUGUCUGAAUCUAUCGGCACAAGAAGAAAGAGACAUUCUUCAACUGACAGAUACAUGGGAAAACAAUGGUUUAGACAUUCUACACGGUGCUGUUGGAUUCAGUGUGUUGAAAGAGUUGAAGAAAGAAACAAAAUCACUCGCCGAAUAUUGCCAAAGCAAAAGCAGAACGUCAGACGAAAAUUUCAAAAAGAUACUACAGUCUCUUACAAACAUGCUGGAUGAGUUAGAGAGUGUAAAAACACGGGUUUCUGCCUUAGAAAAUAAAAUUAAUGGUUUGUGUAAACAUCAGGAGUCGAACAAAGGAACUAAUUACUUUACAGCACCAAACAGAAUAGAAGUGUUUGUUGGUCGUGAAAAUGAGCUUAAACAGCUGGAAGAAAAUUUCAGUGCUGCUGAUAACCUUCCGUGCAUUCAAGCAAUAUCUGGCCUAGGGGGAAUGGGAAAGACAUCUCUGGCUUCAGAAUAUUCCUGGAAGUACCGUGAACAAUAUCCUGGUGGCGUGUUCUGGGUAUCAAUCGAAAGCGAUAACACACUGCUUGAUUCAUUUCAACAACUGGCAAGUAGUGUUGCUUUGCAGUACAAAGAAAAAGAAAAAGACGCGAUGCGAGAAUUUUUGCGAUGGUUGUCAACAAGGCCAGAUAAAUGGCUGUUAGUAGCAGAUAAUCUUGAUAGUGAUGAACUAACUGAAACAAUGGCAGAAUUUCUGUUUGGGUUUUGGAAAAGGGACACAAAAGGACACGUGAUAAUUACAACUAGAAGAGAAGGCAAACACGCAAAAGAAACAUUAAAAGCUGAUUUUUGUAUUUGGUUGAAGAAACUAACACCACCACAAAGUAUACAUUUCUUAAAAACUCGCACGGCUACUGAUGCAGUUCAAGAUGAAGAAGCAGUGGUUGCCCUUGCAAAAGAACUUGAUGGUCUACCAUUAGCUUUAGAACAAGCUGCUGCACAUAUUAAAUGUCUCCAAUGUACGUUUCAAGAAUAUUGGGCCGAGUUUAAAACAGAGCGUUUACAUUUGUUGAAAUCAUUGGACUGCAGAUCAAACUGGAAAAUGUCGAGAGAACGUCUGACAGUACAAACAACUUGGAACAUGAACUUUGAUUGCAUAAAGAGGCAAUCUGAAAAAGAAGGGCUCGGAACAGCUGCAGUCACCGUAAUAGAAAUAUUUGCAUUGUUACCCGCGGCGAGGACAAAUCUUAGAAUCCUCAGGGUGAACCCUUACAAAACUAUUAUUGGCAUAACAGAUUGGAGAGGUGGUGAAGGGGUCGAACGGAUUAAGCUUGAUUUAUAUCAUGCAUUGAAGAGCGAAUUCAAGAAAAAACAAAUCUUGGAAAUUCUAAGUAGAUUCUCCAUAGUAAAACUAACUAAAGAAGAUAAAGUAAUAAUGCAUCCUUUGGUACAGGAGACGAUAGAAAAGGAAAUGACUAAAUCUCAUCGUCGACUUGUAUUAGAGUCUUUUGUGCAUAUGCAUGGACUAGCUCUUACCGAAGGGGAAAUGGUUAUGUUUCGUUAAAGUAAAGUCAGCAUUUAUAACACCUUUUGUUUAUUUGAUUUGGAAGCUGUAUUCAGUUUGUCACUGCUUGUUCAAAUUUGCAAAUAAGAUGAAAGUUCAGUACAUUUUGUUGUACACGUUAUAAUGCAAAUUCAGCUGACAAAUAUUGAGCUACUGUUAUAAAACUAAAUUGGAUUUAGUAACAUUCAAUUUGAAAUUACAGCAAAAUGAUUUGAUAUGUUAAUACAAGCUUUCUCACAGUAGUGAUGUCAUUUUCACUCAAAGCCUCAGAGUAUUAAAACAAGAGAGCCAUGAUGGCCCUGUAUCGCUCACCUGAGUACCAUUGCUCAGAAUGAUAUGAUCAAGUUUUGACAUAGAGCGCAUAGGCAUACAAAUUAAAUAUCAUCAGGAUAAACAUUUUCUUGUAACAGUCCCUUUGGGCCUAGUCAGGGCCUGUUUCCAUGCCAAGUUUGAGGGUCCUAGGCUCAAAUGCGUGAUGUUUGUACUAACAUGAGUAUUCCUUACCCUGGAAGACUUAAAUAACAUUUAAAACCAACCUCAUUAGAUGCUGCUGAGAUAUAUUCGUUUACAUAAAAUAAAGGGAGGUAAUUUGUCAUAAAUUCAGUCAAUAUGUAUUUUUACUGAUUGUCCAAGUCCAUCUGUUGAAAUAAAUGAAAUU